AAAAACGGGAUCGGUUGUAGAACGGAUUCACUUGGCGGUGGAACCUUCCUUUCCUUUUGAGUUCGGCAGCCGGGACGGACGAGCGCUGAGCGCCCACCGUGAGUCUCGUUCCGAGGGAGUAAGCAGUCAUGCCACAAAACGAAUACAUAGAGUUACACCGGAAGCGAUAUGGUUAUCGCUUGGAUUACCAUGAGAAGAAGAGGAAGAAAGAGGGCCGUGAGGCUCAUGAACGCUCAAAGAAAGCCAAGAAAAUGAUUGGGCUGAAAGCUAAGCUCUAUCAUAAACAGCGCCAUGCAGAGAAGAUACAGAUGAAAAAGACUAUUAAAAUGCAUGAAAAGAGAAAUACCAAGCAGAAAAAUGAUGAAAAAACCCCAGAAGGAGCUGUGCCAGCGUAUCUGCUGGACAGAGAGGGCCAAUCCCGAGCUAAAGUUCUCUCCAACAUGAUUAAACAGAAGCGAAAAGAAAAAGCUGGGAAAUGGGAGGUUCCUGUACCCAAAGUCCGUGCCCAGGGAGAGACAGAAGUGCUCAAGGUGAUCCGUACAGGAAAGAGAAAGAAGAAGGCAUGGAAGAGAAUGGUUACUAAAGUGUGUUUUGUUGGGGAUGGCUUUACUCGAAAGCCUCCAAAAUAUGAACGAUUCAUUCGGCCAAUGGGUUUACGAUUCAAGAAGGCCCAUGUAACACAUCCUGAACUUAAAGCCACUUUUUGUCUACCUAUUCUUGGUGUAAAAAAGAAUCCCUCUUCUCCUCUGUACACAUCUUUGGGGGUAAUCACGAAAGGUACAGUCAUCGAGGUGAAUGUGAGUGAGCUUGGUCUUGUGACACAAGGAGGCAAAGUAGUCUGGGGAAAAUAUGCACAAGUAACCAACAAUCCAGAAAAUGAUGGGUGCAUUAAUGCAGUUCUGCUUGUCUAAGUGGCAUAUUAGUCUUGAAUAUGCACAAUAAUUUUUCUAAGGAGAAACAAGACUGCCUCAAAACAUUUGCAGAUAAAGAACUUGUGUCAAAGCAUCAGCAUCUGAAGACAGACAGUCUGAGAACUAUUUUUUACUGAUUACCACCAAUAAUAAAGGAAACCAAUGUGGGUCAAAACUUAA